AUGCGUUUCGACCUCGUCGCCACCUUUCUCGCCCUUGGGGCUGGAAGCUCCUUCGUUGCCGCUGCACCUAUGGAAGGCGGCUUGAAACCAAGAGCCACCCAAUAUGGCAAAUGCAAUGGCACCAGUUGCUCUUACGGAGGUAUCAACUACGACUGCGAUCAAGGCACUUCGUGCAUCGGACCGGGUGGUGGAGACGGUGCAUCUUGCACCAAGGUCUUUGGUGACCUCGGAAAGUUUCAGUGUCCUGUCAAACACUAA